UAGGAGUAACAGUUCAUCAACAAAUCCAAAGCCUAUGCCUUUACACAGAGCUCAUUUUGCAUUUUCCUGUCCUAUACUUCCUAGUCAUACAUCAUUUAUUACAAGGGCAACUCAAACUGAUCCAAUUGAUUCAACUUUCAGCUCAUUUAGGACUUCAAAUGGUGAACAUCUUUUUGAAAAUCUCAGAUCAAACAGUUAUUGUAAAACUUUAAAUAGAACAAAUGCAUUGAACACUGAUAAUAGAACUGUUGGAAAUAGCAUUCCUGAUUACAAAGUGGCCUGUGCUGCUCAAAGUCUUAAAACAUGUCUGCUUGCUGUGCCAAAUGCAAUUUGUUUCCAAGAAAGAAUAGAUUCACCAAUCUCUCCUAGUUUCCCAAGAAACAGAAGUUUUAGUUUUGUAACUGCUAUUAAAAAAGGGAAUCCACAUUUAAUAGAUGCAACAGAUAGUUAUUAUUGUACAAAUGUAGAAGAAAAAUUUUCACAGUCUGCUACAGAUUCUUUAACUAAAGAUAAUGUCCAUUCUGAAGUGCCAAAUAUUUCUUAUUGUAAUUCAUACAGUAAUAUUGGAAAAGAAUAUAGCCCACAAAUAAAACCAUGUCCAAAUGAAGAUAAGGAAUAUAAUAGGCCAUUUAUAAAUAUGAAAAAUAACAUUAAUUCUUCAUCUCAACCAUUACAAACAGUAUUACCUAAUGUGGAGUUAUCUAAAGAAAUAUCUAAAAACGAUAAGAAGAAAAAUGAACAAACAGAAAAAUGUGAAUUACAGUUAACAAUAGGUGGUGAUUCUGUAGAAGAUAAAACAUCAAGAGCUAAAAAUAAAAAAGAUAAUAAUAUAGCUGAAAAAGAUAGAAUAAGUAGAAAUGUAAAAAGAAGAUUUUCUGGAUCAGAUAUAUUGGCAGCAGUUUCCAUCCUCACCCAAUGUACUAAGAAACCAAGAACAGCUGACUGGAAUGAGGUGAAGAGGAUGUUUCAAUAUCUGAAGGGAACAGCUGAUUGGAAGUUGAAAUUGGGUGAGAAGAGCAAUGCUAGAACCACACUAGAAUGCUUUGUCAACUCAGAUUGGGCAGGUGAUAAUACAGAUCAAAAGUCGCAUACAGGGAUAUGUCUUUAA